CGGUCGGAGCUCCUGACCUGACCCGAUAAAGAGAUAGGGAAAUAACCCCUCAGUCCGUAGUAGGUCUCAUUCACACACACAACAAUAAGACAUGGCCAGAGCAGAUCCGUACGCAGAUAUUGAUUUUGAUGAUGUCACUGAGGCAACUGGUUUAGCCAUGGAUGAAAUCAAGUGCCUGAAGGUUUGUUUUGAUCUAUUUGACACAAAAAAGCAAGAGUUUCUAUCAGCUGACGACCUGGACGAAAUUAUGCGUGCUAUGGGAUUCCGUCCCAGCAAGGAGGAACUCCAGGAACUUCUGGAGGAGAUUGAUGAGGACGGUUCAGGAGAAAUUGAAUUUGGAGAAUUUUGCCAGCUGUGCGCCACAUUUCUGGUUGAAGAUCCAGAUAUCGAGACAAUGAAGAGAGAACUAAAAGAUGCUUUCAGGAUCUACGAUAAAGAGGGUCUCGGCUAUAUCACAACAGAAACUCUGAGAGGUUUAAUCGGUGAACUCUUGGCUCCUCUUACAG